AUGGUUUCUUUCAAAUUUGCCGCGCUUCUCCUGGCAUCUACAGUCGCUGCGGCACCCGCUGCCGUAGCCUCUGAGAGCAUCUACGACCUGUGUCUCAAGGACAUUGACAACAUCGACUCCAAUGUGCGCAUCCUCAUUGACCAGAUGAAGACUUACACGGCCGGCAUCGAAAACACCAGGGCGCCUCUUGACACGCUCGCCAAAGUUUCGGAAGCGUUGGCAUCGGGCGUGGCUCACUCGGCGCUGUUACCGCCGCUGUCUCACGCUCAGGCGCUUGGUAUUAUUCACCACGUUAAUUCGACACUGACGGUAGACAAUCCCAUUGCUAUUGACCUUGUCAUUGCGAAACGACCUGAAUUCCAAAAGACGCACCUCGACGUCUUUCUGUCUCCCGUCUUUACCGGCUUGCUCGCUGGACACGAGUCCUUUACCUUUAAUGUAGGCGAUAAGACGCCUCCAGACUUGUACUUGACUGGGCUUUCCGUUACAUCGCCCAUCUCGAAGGCGAUUGCAAAGGGAAUUGCAGCCUAUGCUGGCGUUCCUACUCAGUAA